UCAGCCUCCAUGAGUGCAUGUCGGAAAUACUUGUUUUCUUUACGCAAACGAACAUAUUGGAGUUUAAGCUUCCAGAGUUAAAGACGUUGGCAAAGUUGAGCAGUGUUCCGCUGACACUAAAUGAAAAUUCUCAUGAUAAAAAGAAUCCAUUUUUGGUGCUUGACUUGCAAAGUGAAGAUGAUGCAAAAAGGCUGAUGAAAAGAACCGUACUAAUGCGAUCCAUGUACGAGCUGUGGGCAUCUGCGAAAACUCAUGACGAUCUGUAUAGCCAGCUAGCAAAGUGUCCCCAUCAUCUUAAGGCACAAUACGUGCAAAGGCCAGAUGGCACAUUUCGUGUAAAGGUGGAUGCAUUUGGAAAGAAACUGCAAGAUCCAGAUAGGCAAGACAGAUUAGAUAAAAUACUUGGCAUAUUGCCAUUUGAGGGCAAAGUAAAACUAAAUAAUCCAGAUCAGAGUUUUCAUCUGUUGGAGUUAUAUGGACAAGCAGGAAGCAAGACACCUGAUAAGCCUCUCAGAGUAUACUUUGGCAGAUGGCUGAUGGAUGGACAGCGGGACCAGAUCCGACACUAUCAUCUGCAGAAGCGGCAGUACAUUGGCAACACCUCCAUGGACUCGUGUCUGUCUCUACUUAUGGCAAAUCAGGCUAUGGUGACCGAAAAUGCUCUUGUCUGUGAUCCAUUCGUUGGUACAGGUAGUCUACUAGUUGCUGCAGCUGGUUGUGGAGCAUAUGUAACAGGCACGGAUAUAGAUUAUAAUGUCUUACAUGGAAAAGGUAAAUCUAGUCGUUAUAACCAAAUAUGGAAAGGACCGGAUGAGAACAUCAGGUCAAACCUGCGGCAGUAUGGGCUUGAACACUGCUACCUCGACGUUAUGCAGGCAGAUUUCUCUAAGUGUAUCUGGCGAGAACAGCCUUUGUUCGAUGCAAUCAUCACUGAUCCUCCUUAUGGAAUUAGAGAGUCAACAAGAAAGAUUGGAUCUGAUAAAAAUAACCUUGUCAACCAUGAGCAUUUACAGAACCACGUGCCUUCAUGUACAAAAUAUGGCUUGACAGACAUAUUUAGAGAUCUUCUCAACUUUGCUGCAAAAUUUCUCAAGAAAGGAGGGAAACUUGUGUACUGGUUGCCAGUCUAUACACCAGAGUACACUGUAGACAACAUACCACAGCACCCUUGCUUAGAGCUAGUAGCAAAUAGUGAGCAACCAUUGAGUGUUCAUGUCAGCAGACGACUUAUCACUAUGAGAAAGCAUCUGGAUUAUGAGGAGGCCAGGGAGAGUGAGUUACAAGCUACAGUUUCUGAUGAUCACUAUACGGAGAGCUUUCGAUAUCGCUAUUUCCAUUCUGCGGGCGUUCCUGAGCAGAAAGCGAAAGCUGAUGCGAGAGAUGAACAAGACCCUUUGGAUAGGGAAAGAAAAGUGCAAUCGUGACGACAUGCAGGGUCUUGCUUGGGCACAUUCGCCUCAACGAAGGAACUGCGUAUUCAAAAUUUAUUGGAACUAUGCGAUAGUUCUUAAUUCAUGACAAAAAAGUGUUUUCAUGAUUUCUCCACGUGUUGUAGAGCGUGCUGCCAACUGAACAUAAAUGAUGAUAUGGCCAUGAUUGAAUAACGUUUGUCUGGAACAAAAUGACAAGUGGUUGAGGGACCUAGAGCUAUGUGAACGAUAAGACAUACGCUAGGGUGUGUAUAGUGAAAGCAGACUGGGAAGAACGUACUUCGACAUGACAGUGGAGUAACGAGAAACACAAGAGUAAAACAGCUACGAGCUAACAGUGGGGAACACAGAACCUUUGCAGGGAAGUGUGUAAACAACGAGGAACACACAAAUGCUAGGGGGUUAGAGUGGUGUGAACAGUGAGAAAAGGAGUGGAGUAAGGAGGUGUGAACAGAUGUCAAGAAAUAAUUAAGCAGGAGUGAACAAUGACGAACAUAUAUGCCAGUGGAGAAAAUAAAAAGAAAUAUGCGAGGAGCAUGAUAAUGCAGAGGGAACAAUGAAGAUUACGGCAGUGAACGACACAGAAUAAAACAGUGAGGAGCAGGAGAAGUGAUUAAGGAGAAAAAUGAAUUUGUGAGAGCUCACAUUGAUCAAUGAUCGAGUAAUCAAAUUCUAGUCGAAGGGCAAGCUGACAAAGAACAAUUGGUUAGAAGGGUGGCAUGAUAUUAUGUACAUUAUUUUGUAGAUAGUAAUGAGACAUUUUACUAUAUAUAUUGUGUAAUAAAAGAAAACGAAUUACUAUUCUA